AUGAGAUUCAUCAGCAUCGAAAAUUACACCAUAUGCUGCGGCGAUGGUGAUGAGAAGAAAGUAGGUGGCUGCGCGAUAGCUACGAGAAAUUGGUGGAGGAACUUGGCUCAAUGUCGUCUAGACGCCUUUCUACGACUACGGAAUCGCAGAGGACAUAAACUUUGGAUCGCAAGUGCUCACGCACCUACGGAAACCGCUGAGGACAACAGUAAGGGCACCUUCUAUGAUGAACUCAAUGCGUUGAUGUCUAAAACACCAAGCCAGCAGGUGGUGAUUGUCGGAAUCGACGCAAAUGCGAAGAUGGGAUUAGAACAACUAUCCGAUGUGCUAGGAAAAUGGUAUCAUCCAACGGAGCGCACGUCGGACAACGGUCUGGUUGAGUUGUGCGAACAGACGGGCCUCAUCAUCGCUUCCACGCAACCAUUUUAA